AUUUGAACAAUUCAAGAGCAGGAAAGAGAACACUUAGCGUAAUAAAAUGCAUUAAGUUUAGAACAGUAGCUGCUGCCUGCCGCCGGCCUUUGAAUGCACUUGGAGUGUGGUUCUGAAAGCGGUAACAAGCGUUCGAGGGCGUGCUUUCACCCACCGCCUCACCGGAGAAUCCGAAUCUCCUCGGAUGGGAGCCUGCUGGGGCAAGGAGUGAGAGCCUCGCGGGCAGACAGGGACGCAGAAGAGGGGCUGACCUGGAGCAUGGAGAGGAAAGGAGCUGGGAUUUUCCAGGGCUCGGCGCGCACUGAGACUCCGUGCCCGGGGCUGCAGCUGCGGAGGAUAACGGCGCUAUCUGGCUCAUGAAGGCCACCUGGUUCAGGCUUCUGAAAAGAGCCAAGGGAGGAAGGCUGAAGAAUUCCGAUAUCUGUGGUUCGGCAGACUCCUACACCAGCCGCCCAUCCGAUUCCGAUGUGUCUCUGGAGGAGGACCGCGAGGCAGUGCGCAGGGAGGCCGAGCGACAGGCGCAGGCCCAGCUGGACAAAGCGAAGACAAAACCUGUUGCGUUCGCAGUUCGGACAAAUGUCAGCUAUAGUGCAGCCCAUGAAGAUGAUGUUCCGGUGCCAGGCAUGGCCAUCUCAUUCGAGGCAAAAGAUUUUCUGCAUGUUAAGGAAAAAUUUAAUAAUGACUGGUGGAUAGGGCGAUUGGUUAAAGAAGGCUGUGAAAUCGGAUUCAUUCCAAGCCCAGUCAAACUAGAAAACAUGAGGCUACAGCAUGAACAGAGAGCCAAGCAAGGGAAAUUCUACUCCAGUAAAUCAGGAGGAAAUUCAUCGUCCAGCUUGGGUGACAUAGUACCUAGCUCCAGAAAAUCCACACCUCCAUCAUCUGCUAUAGACAUAGAUGCUACUGGCUUAGAUGCAGAAGAAAAUGAUAUUCCAGCAAACCACCGCUCCCCUAAACCCAGUGCAAACAGUGUAACGUCACCCCACUCCAAAGAGAAAAGAAUGCCCUUCUUUAAGAAGACAGAGCACACCCCUCCUUAUGAUGUGGUACCUUCCAUGAGGCCAGUGGUCCUGGUGGGCCCCUCCCUGAAGGGAUAUGAGGUCACAGAUAUGAUGCAAAAAGCAUUGUUUGAUUUUUUAAAACACAGAUUUGAAGGGCGGAUAUCUAUCACAAGGGUCACUGCUGACAUCUCCCUUGCCAAACGCUCAGUAUUAAACAAUCCCAGUAAACAUGCAAUAAUAGAGAGGUCCAACACAAGGUCAAGCUUAGCGGAAGUUCAGAGUGAAAUUGAAAGGAUCUUUGAACUUGCUAGAACAUUGCAACUGGUAGUGCUUGAUGCAGAUACUAUUAAUCAUCCGGCUCAACUUAGUAAAACCUCUCUGGCCCCUAUUAUAGUCUAUGUAAAGAUUUCUUCUCCUAAGGUUCUACAAAGGCUAAUAAAAUCUCGGGGGAAGUCGCAGGCUAAGCACCUCAGCGUCCAGAUGGUGGCAGCGGAUAAACUUGCUCAGUGUCCUCCAGAGUUGUUCGAUGUGAUCUUGGAUGAGAACCAGCUUGAGGAUGCUUGUGAGCACUUGGCCGACUAUCUGGAGGCCUACUGGAAGGCCACCCAUCCUCCCAGCAGCAACCUCCCCAACACUCUCCUUAGCCGUACCUUAGCCACUUCGACUCUGCCCAUGAGCCCCACCCUAGCCUCUAAUUCACAGGGUUCUCAAGCUGAUCAGCGGACUGAUCGCUCGGCUCCUGCCCGAUCAGCUUCCCAACCUGAAGAAGAACCUUGCCUGGAACCCGUCAAGAAGUCCCACCACCGUUCCUCCUCCUCAGCCCCACACCACAACCAUCGCAGCGGCACGAGUCGAGGCCUCUCCAGGCAGGAGACAUUUGACUCUGAAACUCAGGAGAGUCGAGACUCAGCCUACGUGGAGCCAAAGGAAGAUUAUUCCCAUGAACAUGUGGACCACUACGCCCCACACCGGGAUCACAACCACAGAGAUGAGACCCACGGGAGCAGUGACCACAGACACCGAGAGCCUCGGCACCGCUCAAGGGACGUAGACCGGGAGCAGGACCACAAUGAGUGCAACAAACAGCGGAGUCGUCAUAAAUCCAAGGAUCGCUACUGUGACAAAGAUGGUGAAGUAAUAUCCAAAAAACGGAACGAAGCUGGGGAGUGGAAUAGGGAUGUUUACAUCCGCCAAUGACUUUUGCCUUUUUUUUCCCCCCGAGUCUUGUACAACAGCACCUUCAGACAAAAUCUUUGGAGUCUACACUGCAAACAUGUGACCUGUCUCGUAUGUUUUGUAUUGCUGUUGCUUAAAUAGCAAUGGCAUGAAAUAGAGUAUUAACACAUUAUUUUUUGGUAAGUGCUAUAUACAUUGGCCUGGUACAGCUGCAGUCCUCUGGUUGUAUACUAGACUCUUCAGAAAUUGUUUCGGGUAGCUGCCACUCGAACAAAACCUAUUGCUAUCCUGACAAUGUUAGUGUUUUAAUAUAGAUGUAUCCAGCAAUCCAGAAGCAGCACAGAUCAAAAGUGGAAUUUCGUUUCUCCAGAUUUUUAAUACUCAGAUACCCAAUGUGCAUAUUCAUUCAUUCAUGGACCACUGUUUUUUGCUUGUACCUCUGGCUGACUAAAUUUGGGGACAGAUUCAGUCUUGCCUUACACAAAGGGGAUCAUAAAGUUAGAAUCUAUUUUCUAUGUACUAGUACUGUGUACUGUAUAGACAGUUUGUAAAUGUUAUUUCUGCAAACACAUAAUUAUAUAUAAUAUAUAUACAUAUAUAUGUUUGAUCACAAUAUUUUAGAGUCUUAAUGCCAAGUCAGCAGAUUUGCUUUAUGAAUUACAGGGACUAGAGAUGCCCACAUUCAGGAAAUUUGUAAUAACAUUGUCUAGACACUAUCUCCACUCUACUAGAAAGUUGUACAUACUGUAAAUAUGUGUGAUUGCUUGACUUGAAAAAGUUUGAUUUCUGAAUGUUAAACCAUCCUUGUAAGUUUAUAAUUUUAACCAUAAAUUAUGGUAAAUAUAACCAAACUCCAGAGAUUGUUCUACUCCAUACAGUUCACACUGAUUUGUGACAAACACGUUCUUAGUAGCUAGUGUCUGUUAUAGUCACAGCACUGGAACCCUCUGUAUGCACGUGUGUGUGUGUGUGUGUGUGUGUGUGUGUGUGUGUAAUGCUGGAGAUAAAUGAAGAGAGACUGAAAUCUAGACUUCUGCCCACCUGGCUUUGUAUGUAAAUGUGCUGUAUGUUGCUUUGAUAAUUCAUUGAGCAGUCAGGGAAUGUGAGGAAGCUUGCUGCCAAAGGUAACUAGAAAAGCUUUCAUCAGCUGCCUCUUUGUUUUCACUCCUAGUGAGUAAAAAGACAGGCAAUCUGUACUGUGAGUGUUUCACUGGAAAUGUACAAUUUUUGUGUGUUCAAGUAUUUGUUUUAGUAAGAGACGUUUACACAGCUUGUGGAAUUAUUUCGUAGGAAAAUAAAUUUUUAUAACUUCUCCCACCUCAUUUUCUAACCUUGCCUACUGUUCCUGUUGUUCAUCUCCCAGUUACCUACUGUUCCUCCCUAUCACCAACUUGACCCGCUUCCCUGUCUGUCAGAAUCCAGAAGUGCUUCUAACCAACAUUUCUGCUCUUCAGAUGUUAUCAGGGCAAAAUGGGGUGACUUAAAGUGAACCAAAUGUGGGCCAGGAUAUAGCUCAGUGGCACAAGUGCCUGCCUGGCAAGCACAAGGUCCUGAGUGUGAAUUCUGGCACUGGAAGAAAAAAAAGUGAUCCAAAUGUUAAGAAUAUUUUCCUACAUCAGACAUUACUCUGAAGGAGAGCCUAAAAGACACUAUUUCUAUUCUUCAAGUACACUGCUAUAGGAAGCUUAUGAUGUCAUCACGCUAAAGCCAAAACCCUCUCCAUGUCUCUUAUGCCCAAUUAUGGCUCGACAUGUAAGGCAAUGUGCAGUUACAUACCACUUGGAUCUUGUCCCAGGAAAAUGCCUAUCUAUAACUGCCUAAUUUUCCUCUGUAUUUAACAAAAUCAUAGUUAUAAAUUUUUUUAAUCUUGCUUCCCUGUUACAGGUUCUUGCCAAUUGCUAAAUGCUCUUGGAUUUUUUUUAACUAAAACUGUUUCACAUUUAAUUAUUUCCCCACACCCAAGAAAAUAAAGUUUUAAAAGCGAGUUAUAUAGGGUCGGGGAGAUAGCUUAGUGGCGUAAGCGCCUGCCUGGAAAGCGCAAUAAAUACAUAGAUAAAAAUAAAAAGUUUCACUCAGAACAAUUUAUCUCUGUACUGUCUGCAAGAAUUUAUAGAACAUAAAAAUAUUUUUGACAAAAAUUUCACCUCAUCUGCAAACCAUAACCAUAUUUUAAAACUGCUUCUUUAAAAUAUUUAGCAUGAACCUUUGUCAUAAGAUGUUGAUCCUCAAUCCAACCCUUUUCUACAUGUUGUUUUAUCCCAUCUAAAUAUAACUAGUGUUUGUUUAUCCUUCUGCUAUCAUUAAUCCCUUUCAAAUAGUGCUAAUACUAGAGUCCAUCUUUUUAAUUGUAUACCUAAUUCUUAGUUUCUGACUUUAGUGCAGAACAUGCUGGUACAAAUCAAACCAUUCAUCAAAUAACUACAUUGAAGGAUUUGGUACAGAGCAUUUAUACUGGUAUAUGAAAACUAUAUAGUGGGUAAAUGUAUAAACAGCAUGCAGUGAAUCUACAAAGGAAAAAAUAACCCCCACGACUUGUGGAAUGAUUUAGUCUUUUUAGAGGGCAAAGGCUUAAUCUUAGUGUAUUCAGUUGUAAAAAUGUACUUCACAGUUUGUCAGGCCCACUUCACUUCUUCUUAUGCUUUCUCUAUUUCUCAUUUAUGUUCAUGUUACAAAGAGGUGCUGCUAAUGUAGGAUGUCUUAGUCAUACUGUACUUGGGGACAAUGCCACAUUUUAACACGGUCUGCUAUGCAUUCCUGUUAAACAUUCACUGUCAGCUACACUGAAUUGUUUAACAAACCUGAUUUAAAGUCACGUAUAUAAAACAAAUAAAGAGCUGGCUUCUGCACUGUUUA